AUGCUUCGCUCAUUCACCUCCUCGGCUGCCUCAAGGCUCAGGGCAACCCGUCUCACCACAGGAGUCUCCUCUUCAACAACAGCAACAAGAGCCUUCUCGAGGUCGAACGUCGCUUCGCAUGCCCGUUCCAGGACCACGAGCGCCACUUCAACAACAACCCUCAGUCUUGCCUCCAGGUCACUCGCUACCAGACCCCUGACCAUCCGUCGUGCACUCGCCACCAUUACCGACAUUAAGGGUGCUACCGCCACCUACCCCAAGACCAACCCAGAGUUCACAACCAACCCUAUCUUGAACUGGCAUACUUUCCCUGACUUUGCAGCCAUCAAGGCCGAACAUGUUGUCCCUGCCGUUGAGAUCCUUACCAAGCAGAUCGAGGCCACCUUCCAGGAGCGAUCCAAGCGCAUGACUCCUACAUGGGAGGGAACCAUGGGUCUCACUCAGGAUUUGGAGGACGACUUGGAGAGGGCUUCGGGCGUGAUUUCGCACUUUUCAAGAGUCAAGGAUUCGCCAGAGUUCCGCAAGGCAGUCGAAGCCAUCCAACCCAUGAUCGUCACCAUUUCUCUCAAAAUGGGCCAAUCACUCGAACUCUACGAUGCCCUGGUCAAGUUGGCCGACAACAAGGAGACCUGGAGCACACUCGACAAGGAACAAAAGAGGAUCGUUCAAAAGGCUAUCCAGGGGAUGAGACUCUCUGGAGUUGCCUUCGGUCUGCCUGGCGAUGGUAAUGCUGAGAAACAGAAGCGGUUCAAUGAGAUUCAGGGCAAGUUGGCUCAGCUCAGUCUUACUUUCAGCAACAAUCUUCAGGAUGAGACCAAGGCGUUUGCCAAAGUCAUUACAGAUCGCAAGGAGCUGGAGGGUUGUCCCGAGAGUUUGAUGAAGGCUAUGGCUAAGAAUGCCCAGUCAAGAGGACACGGUGAUGGCAACUCAGAGACUGGACCUUGGGCUGUUACUUUGGAUUACCCAACCUAUAUUCCCUUCAUGAUGAACUGCAAGAACAGAGACCUUCGUGAACAUGCAUACAGGGCGAUGGUGUCGAGGGCGUCAAAGGGAGAGAAGAACAACGAGCCAGUGAUUGACGAGAUUCUGAGCUUGCGCCAGGAGGAGGCUGGUCUUCUCGGUUUCUCGUCCUACGGAGCCUUGUCUCUAUCCAAGAAGAUGGCAUCGGAUGUCGGCACCGCAAAGGAUAUUCUGGAUCGUCUCUAUGAGGCCACUCUCCCAGCAGCCAAGAAGGAUCUCGCAGAAUUGACGGAAUUCGCCAAGGACCAUCUGGGUCACCCUACCCCUCUUUGUCCCUGGGAUACCCCCUUUGUCGAGGAAGAGUACAGUAAGGAUCGGUUCAAGUAUUCGGCGGAUCAAAUCUCAGAGUACCUCCCUUACUCUCGAGUCAUGGAUACGCUGUUUGAGGUCGCGCGCGAUAGCUUUGGAAUUGAUGUGACGGAGAUGAGUGCUGGGGACCAGAGCAAGGCGGGAUUGACGACCUGGAACAAGGAUGUCAAGAUCUAUCAGGUCAAGGACGACGCCAGCAAGAAGGUGCUUGCCUACUUUUAUGGUGACUUUUACAGUAGGAGCGAGGAGAAGUUGUCGGGAGCCUGGAUGGAUGUCUGUGUCACGCGCAUGAAGGACCCCGUCUCGGGUGCUGUGCGUGUUCCCAUUGCGUACCUGGUCUGCAACCAGCCUCCUCCCCUGUCUGGUGCCGAAUCGUUGAUGAAGUUCCAAGAUGUGACAACCAUGUUCCACGAGUUUGGUCAUGGUUUGCAGCACAUGUUGACGACGGUCGAUUACCCCCAGGCGUCUGGUAUCAAGGGAGUUGAGUGGGACUUUGUCGAGGUUGCGUCUCAGUUUAUGGAGAACUUUGCGUACGAGGACAAGUGGUUGAGUAGGAUGGCCAAGCACCACAAGACGGGUGAGCCGAUGCCCCAGGAGAUGAAAGAGACAGUCAAGAAGAGCAAGCAGUGUUUGGCGGGCAUGGCCAUGUUGCGUCAGUUGCACUUUGCGAUGUUGGAUUUGGAGUUGCACACGCAGUACAAGCCCAACAGUGGAGAGACGAUCUUUGAUGUGAACCGGCGGCAGGCCAAGAAGACUACAUUGGUCACACCUAUCCCCGAGGACCGGUUCCUGUGCGGGUUUGGGCACAUCUUUGGUGGAGGCUAUGCAGCGGGCUAUUACUCGUACAAGUUUAGUGAGCUCUACUCUGCAGACGCGUAUGCGGCGUUUGAGGAGCAAGGUGCAUCUGUGGAGGGGCGCAAGCGCAUCGGGCGUAAGUACCGCGAUACGGUAUUGGCUUACGGAGGAGCGACGGACCCCAAAGAAGUGUGGAAGGAGUUCCGUGGUCGUGACGGUGUAGAAGUCGAUGCCCUCCUGCGUCACAGUGGACUUCUUUCUUCUCCUUGA